AUGCUUGAAUUAAUUUUAAUAACGAAAAAUAUAUCAGUAAACUUACAAUUGCCAAAGCCACCAAAGCUAGAAGGUAUUUUAGCGGUGAAUAAUAUAUUAACAAAAGCAGACUAUAUUUUGGAGCAUAAAAUUUUUGGUCCAGAAUCAAUUAUUGUCGAAAAAGAUGGUGGAUUUGAUACGGAAGUGCAAUGUGGUCGACCGUUGGGUCUUCGUCAUUUAGAUGAUGAAACUAUAUUAGUUGUUGAUACUCAUCUUGGCAUUUUCUCUGUUAAUUUUGAAGAAGAUCAACAUGUGGUAAUAUUAGGAAAUCAAACGGAAAUAGAUGGCAGACCAAUGAAAUUCUUAAAUGAUAUUGAUAUCGUAAAUCAUGAUAUACUGAUAUUUACGGAUUCUUCUAGUAAAUGGGAUCGACGUCAUGUAAUGAAUAUUCUUUUGGAGGGUAUUCCUAAUGGAAGAGUUUUACGCCUAACACGAUCAACUGGAAAAAUUGAUGUCAUCAUGGAUAAAUUGUAUUUUCCGAAUGGUAUUCAACUAUUUCCUGAUAAACAAUCUUUUCUGGUUGCGGAAACAAGUGCUGCUCGAAUUAAAAGACACUGGAUUGCAGGCCCACGAAUGGGUGAAACGGAAAUUUUCAUUGAUAAUCUACCCGGUUUACCGGAUAAUAUACGUCCAGGUGGCAAUGGAACAUUUUGGAUUGGUUUCGGAGCUAUUCGACAUAGUGAUCAGUUUUCAUUUCUGGAUUAUCUUGCAGAUAAACCAUAUAUACGAAAAUGUAUUCUUCAGUUGGUACCAGAGCGACAAUGGGAAUGGCUACAACCAAUGUUUGCUACAAAACAUGCGUUAAUUUUGCAACUUAAUGAAAAUGGGCAAAUAAUAGCUAGCGCACAUGAUCCAACAGGUCAAGUGAUUAGGGAAGUGUCACAAGUGACAGAAACCAAUGAACAUCUUUAUUUAGGCAGUUAUCGUGCUCCAUUUAUUGCUCGCAUCCGGAAAGAUUUCAUUGUUUAUUGAAAUAUACAUGAAUCAUUUCAUUAUCCGUGUUAAAAGGGAAUUCUCAG